AUGCCGCUCCCACCCUUUCCCCACGACGACGACGAGCAAGCAUUGGAUGAGAAGAUUACGGGGGCCGCCACCUUCAAGCGGCCCAAAGGACGCGGAGAGAGCUCUCAGGAAACUGAAAUGGAUGGAGCCCAACCCAGAUGUCCAUCCGUUGACGCGGAUGGAACUUAUGUCGAGGUUGAACAGCGGGACAUGGUGGAUGCAACUCCUUCUGCCGACGUCGCGCCCGCUGUGGCCCCCUCGUCUCCGGGAAACAAGGACGACAUCAUGGAGUCUGUCCAGGGUGUUCCCGCGACUGACCUCUCUACCCUGACCCCUCAGGCCCCCACUGCCCAGGAGAACCAGAACAUUGUCCGUCGUAAGCUGACUGGCUACGUCGGCUUCGCCAACCUCCCCAACCAGUGGCACCGCAAGAGCGUCCGCAAAGGCUUCAACUUCAAUGUCAUGGUUGUCGGUGAGUCGGGUCUGGGCAAGUCGACUCUCGUUAACACCCUCUUCAACACCUCCCUGUACCCCCCCAAGGAGCGCAAGGGCCCCAGCCUCGACAUCAUCCCCAAGACGGUCACCAUCCAGUCCAUCAGCGCCGACAUUGAGGAGGCUGGCGUCCGCCUCCGCCUCACUGUCGUUGACACUCCCGGAUUUGGUGACUUUGUUAACAACGACGAGUCGUGGCGCCCCAUCGUCGACAACAUUGAGCAGCGCUUCGAUGCCUACCUCGACGCCGAGAACAAGGUCAACCGCAUGAACAUUGUCGACAACCGUAUCCACGCUUGCGUCUUCUUCAUCCAGCCCACCGGCCACUCUCUGAAGCCCCUCGACAUUGAGGUCAUGCGUCGCCUCCACACCAAGGUCAACUUGAUCCCCGUCAUUGCCAAGUCUGACACUCUCACCGAUGAGGAAAUUUCCAGCUUCAAGUCGAGGAUCCUCUCCGAUAUCAAGUACCACGGCAUCCACAUCUUCGAGGGCCCCAGGUACGAGCUGGACGAUGAGGAGACGAUUGCCGAGAACAACGAGAUCAUGUCCAAGGUCCCCUUCGCCGUCGUCGGUGCCACCAACGAGCUCAAGACUCCUGACGGUCGCAAGGUCCGUGGCCGUGAGUACCCCUGGGGUAUCAUCGAGGUGGACAAUGAGGAGCACUGCGACUUUGUCAAACUCCGCCAGAUGCUCAUCCGCACCCACAUGGAGGAGCUCAAGGAGCACACCAACAACCUGCUGUACGAGAACUACCGUACCGACAAGCUCAUCGCUAUGGGCGUGUCGCAGGACCCCAGCGUCUUCAAGGAAGUCAACCCCGCCGUCAAGCAGGAAGAGGAGCGCGCUCUCCACGAGCAAAAGCUCGCCAAGAUGGAGGCCGAGAUGAAAAUGGUCUUCCAGCAGAAGGUGGCCGAGAAGGAGAGUAAGCUCAAGCAGUCCGAGGAGGAGCUGUACGCUCGUCACCGCGAGAUGAAGGAGCAGCUCGAGCGACAGCGUAUGGAGCUCGAGGACAAGAAGCAGCGCAUCGAGAGCGGAAGGCCGCUCGAGAAGGAGGGCAAGCGCAAGGGUUUCUCCCUCCGAUAA